GGGAGGACUGACUGUACCAAGCAAUCUAAGGAUACUACAGUGGCAAGUGUGCAAGAAGAAGCAUAACACGCUGGAAUUUCUCAUUCCAUGGUGGGAUCUCCAAGUGGGUAUAUCAGUAAACCAGUUCUUGUCCAUUUUUAGUUCUUCAAACUCAGAUUUCAGGCAGAGGGCAUUUUCAUUGUUGUUUUCAGAUGGUGAAAGUGAAGAACUGAAUGAUUCACAAACAGCAAACUCGCAUAAUUUCCCUCGACAUUUUAGUGAAGCAAAAGAAAAAUUAGGCCUUGCUCCGGCUGCCAUUGUUCUAUCUCGAAGGGAAUCUUAUGAUUCUUCAUCAGCUUUGAAAUCCCUGGAUAUCAACAGAAGGCCAAGGUCGAACUCCCCUAUAUUAGCUGCAAGAAAAUUAAAAGCAGGUGCGUCAAAAGAAAACGAAGACCCAGACAUGGUUAGCAACCCUUAUCAGGCCAUUGUCAUGGCUAGAGAUUCUCUCAGACAAAGAGAAGGAACAGCUAAGAUGCAGGCAGAAAUUCAGAAAUUGGAUGAUGAAGUGAGUGAGUUGAAGCAAAAGACAGAAGAGGAGAAACUUACCAUCCAAGACUUGGAGUUGGUGCUUAUAAAACGAAGAAGACAUGCUGAAAAGCAUCGCAGGCUAGCAGAGUCACAAUCCUCAUAUAGAGCAAUCCUGGAAAAGAUGAUUCGAGACGCCAUGCACCAGAGUGUCAUUUAUAAGGAACAAUUGAGGUUGAAUCAGGCAGCAUCCAAUGCUCUCAUCGCAAGACUUGAAGCUCAGAAGGCAAUUUGCGAUUCCUCAGAGAGAGAACUCCACACAAAGUUUAAACAAAGGGAUGAGCUUGAGAAACAGAUAAGACCCGAAUGGGAGCAAGCAAGGAAGAGAUCCAGAAUGGAUGAUUUCUUAUUCGAAGAGAAAGAUGACAGGACAGUUUUAUAUUUGCCAGCAAGCAAGCCAAGAACACAUCUACAUAAGGCAACAGAAUGA